AUGGAGCCCUUGCAAAAAUCAGGCCAUGACGCGCAUUCCAAAAAUGCAGGUGCCUCUCGCCAGAGUCACAUCCUAGACUCCCGAAUCGAAAUUCAAGACAUGCAGGACCCAAUUGAACCCGGUUCUACAGACGUUGAUGAGCGGAUGACACGGGACUUCAAGGAUGCCAUCGAUCGUACCAAUAUCCUGGACGGUGAUCGGCUUCGCCACGCAAAGCCGCAGUCCUCAACCGCCUACAACGAGCCUUCUGAGAAUGAGAUUGAUAUUUCUUGGAGGCCUGAUCCAUCUGGUCAUCCUCAUAGGACUUUCUAG